CUCUCUCUCUCUCUCCUCUCUCUCUCACGCACACACACACACGCAGCUGCUCACAUUGGACAGACAUGCCAAGACUACAAAGAUUCAGAGGGGUUAGGCAAAGGCACUGGGGCUCGUGGGUCUCCGAGAUCAGGCACCCCGUUCUGAAGACCAGGAUCUGGUUAGGCACCUUCGGCACCGCUGAGGACGCCGCGAGGGCCUACGACGAGGCGGCGCGGCUCAUGUGCGGAUCCAAGGCCCGCACCAACUUCCCCGUCGACCCCAACUGCUCGAUCCCGGCGCCGGCCUUGUCCCCGGGCCUCAUGGCGAAGCUGGAGAAGUGCUGCUCGGCGUCCCGGGAGGAGGGCAAGAGAGUUGAGGUGGUCGCGCCGGUCGGAAGGGAGGAGGAGGCGGAGGUCACGCGCGUGGAUGAUGAGUACAUAGAGGAGAUGAUCGAGGAGCUCAUAUACAAUGGUUCUCUGGAGAUAUCGACUUCUUCUUCUUCUUCUUCUUCUUCUUCUUCUUCAUCUUCUUAUCUGUGACUGUAGCCGGCAGUCCGUCGUCACCUGUCACAUACACAUGAAAACGUGAGAGUCUGGGUUAGACCUAGUCAUGUAAAGGGUACCAGUCCCCUUCGGUAAUAAUACUAUCUGCUGUGUGCCAUGCACUAAAAGCAUGAGUUCUUGAUCUGAGAUGCCUCGAGAUGGUUGACUGAGCCGACUCGGCCUGGGGAUCAAGUAGGUCAAAGAUGAUCUAAGAUGCCUCGA